AAGUGACGUGCGAGACGUAAAAAUUGUAGUACCUACGUGAAUUACGCAUUUUUCUAUUUAUAACGACAAUAAACUUAACAAAAUAUUUAUGCAGUCUGACGGCGAGGAAAGUUUGCUGCAUUCAUGCUUCGGCUCACUGAAGAGCGCAGUCAUGGGUUGCUGCUACAGUAUAUGUCACAAGGAAACUGACCCGCAGGAAAAUAUAGUCAAUGAGAGAACCCAUCUCCUCGAGGUGCCAGAGCAACAACAGGAGACUCCAUCACCAACCACCUGCGCAUCUACACCACCUCGCAAACCAGAUGAACAAAGUGCACUCAAUAGAAUACUACACGAGACGGCUACCAACGUGAUCGACGUGGGCGCGCUGGGCCCGUACUCGCUGGAGGCGGGCGCGUACAGCGAGCGCGUGCGCACGUACUCGGCGCGCGCCGCGGCCGCCGCGCUGCCCGCGCCCGCGCGCGCGCGCCUGCUGGCCGACCUGCCGCCCGCGCUGCGCCGCGCGCUGCUCGCCGCGCCCGGCCUCGCGCCCGCCGACAAGGAGCUGAUAACAAAUGCCGUUAAAAAAGCGGCAUCCGCCAUAUCGGAACUGCGGGUGGAACAUCACGAGGACCUGGUGGUUGCGUUUAGGGUUCCAUAGCAAAGGAGUUCCGCCUCCAUGUCCGAGGACGAACGAUACUGACUUACACUGCAAUAGAUUUAUUUAAUAUUUAGAGAAAGCUGCGGAAUCGUUGAGAUGGAGUAUAUUGAGGUAAGGGAUGAUGGGGUUUUGGCUGUUUCUGUUUAUUAUUAUCAAUUAUUUAUCAUUAUAUGCUAAAACUAUGUUGCGUUUUCACUAUAUACUUAACCUUAUAUUUUCAAACCUUGCUGUACAUUCUUCUCUUUGUUCAAACAUAAAAAUUCAUUAUAUAUAUAUAUAUAUAUAUAUAUAUAUAUAUAUAUAU